AGCUGCACACCUUUUUUAUAUAGGCAUUUAUAUGACCUCAUCGUCUCUUGCCCAUCGAUUUCCCUUCGAUUCGCUCUCGGUCUUACUCUGAGGCGCUGCCAGACUCUGAUUUACAUCAUGGGCGUGCCCACUGGAGCUGCGGGCCGUGGUGCCUCUAAAUCGCCAACGCAACCCAGCAAGACGUCUCCCCCCCGACAAGACAACCCGUCCGAUACCAACCGUGACGCCCCCCUGAAACCCGAGGAGCCGGCCAGCGUCGAGCCGGCCAAAACGCUGCCGCCUCCGCCUCGUCCAGCGCAACAACAGUCAGGAAACACCCCCGACUACUUCAACUCGGCUGCUGGAUCGUUGAGUCUGGAGCCGAAUCCUUUUGAGCAGUCCUUCGGCGGUAGUGCGCCCCCCGAGACCCCCGGCGGCACCAAGCUGCCAUCCGUCGCCGCGCUCACAUCUCCAUCUUCGCUCCUCCCCGGCAGUACGCCGUUUUCCUGGGGCGCUGGUUCUCUGCGGACCGGCCCCCUGAGUCCAGCCAUGCUCUCGGGCCCGACCAACGACUACUUCGGCGACACGCAUCAUAUCCGCGGCGGCUUCCCCACGCCGAAUGAAUCCUCGCUGCGGACGGGCCUGACCCCUGGGGGCAGCGGCUCCAUGUUCCCUGCGCCCAGCCCGAACUCGCAAGCACUCUUUGCCCAGAUCAACGGGCCCGCCCCAACGCCGGGCACCCUCGACUUUCACCGAACUGCGCUCAGCGCAGCGGCCGCCAAGCGCGAGCAAGCCCAUGCACAACAACCGUCGUCGUUACCCGUAGCUCCCACGUCACAGCCGCAAGACAUGCCUGGCGGUGGCCAGGCUCCCAAGGCCGAGCCAAAGGCCGCGGCCGACCCUUUUGACCCGCAUGAUAACGACGCGGCGAACGGGCUCUUCAUGCUAGCUCGGGGGCGGAACAGCACUCAACCGGGCCCUGUGUCGCAGUACCCUCCACCGCCGCCUGCGCCGGUGCAACCCCACGCCGACCCCUCGGGCGCUCCGGCCGUGCAACCCUUGAGCACAAACACAUCCCCACAGAUGGAUGGGGCGCCGUCGCUCACUGGUAGCUCGGUGCGCGGUGCCAGCGAGGCAAGUGCGGGGUCGGACGAGAGCGAGGUGGCGCGUCCCAACACCCGCUCGAGAGGGAAGCGGAGCUCGGGAGGCGCGGCCGCCAACUCGCGCCGCAAGGCCGAGGACGCCCCCGUCAAGGCCCCCCCGGCCAAGAAAACCAAGUCGAACGGUGGUGCGGCUGCGGCCAACGGCAAUGAAAAUGGAGGCUCAGAAGACGAGCAGCACGACACGAAGAAUGGCAAAGAAGAGGCCAGCAGCGGGUCCAAGCCCAAGAUGACGGAGGAGGAGAAGCGGAGAAACUUCCUCGAACGUAACAGGGUGGCUGCGCUCAAGUGCCGUCAACGGAAGAAGCAAUGGCUGGCGAAUCUCCAGAACAAAGUGGAAGCGUAUUCCAACGAGAACGAGAGCCUGACCAACCAGAUCGUGCACCUGCGCGAGGAAGUGGUCAGCUUGAAGACACUGCUCCUAGCCCAUAAGGAUUGCCCGAUCACCCAGCAGCAGAACGUGCAGCACGCGAUCAUGCAGCAGGGGCUCGAGCCCUAUAACCCUCAGAUGAACCCCUACGGCCUGCCCCCGGCCAUUUCGGGCCAGCCUGUCAUGGCCGGCCAGGCCAUGAACCGGCGGUUCUCCUAGGUUGAGAACGGCCCGAGUGGAGCCGGGGGUGUUCCCGCCUCCGGCUCUCCGCGCGUGAGCCCGGACGGCAGCGCGGAGGUGGGCCGCCCUCCGGAAAUCUCGGAGUCGUUGUAAGUUUCCCUGAGGGUAAUGGCUAGGUGCGGGGAGGAACGGAGUCGAAGGAGGGAUAUACCCGUUUUUUUGUUGCUUGGGAGUUUUCCCCUUUGUCUU